CAUAGCAACUAGCAUCUGAGUUACGAGUGAGAUGUGAAUUUAAAAGUUGUUCGUAUUUUUCCAUUAUUCGACGUGUUUGAUUUGUUUUUAACGAUCUUUACCGCACAUUGGUGACAGAGAGGUUCGAGGAAAUCUACCAGAUAAGAGAAAUUUAAAUAAUAUCUGUGAUAAAUCGGAGGAUUCAUUCAAAAUGACGGAGUCCGUCCCAGCAAACCCUGAGCUAAACUUGAAUCCAAAAGAGCAAGAAUUUAUCAACGCUAAAUCCUAUCUUCUGACAUGUAGUACAAGCACAGGGUAUAACUUAUAUGACCAUAUCAGCAGUGUACUCACAAAAGUUUUAGAUCAAAGACCAGAUAAUGUUGUAGACAUCUUUGAAGACAUCAGCAAAGAAACCAAGAGGUCAAAAUUUACAUCAGAUGUGGACACAGUGCAAGAUAAAAUAGACCAAUCCACUGAAGUAACUUUAGCUAAAGUGCAAGAAAAGCUCUUUAAGAAACAGGGUGGUGAAGAUGAAGAAGGCCAACAAGAAGAGGAAAAUGACACACCUCUUCCUAAUUUGAUGGAACUUGCAUUUUACUUUGAACAAGGUGGAAUAGGAUUAGGCAGGGAAGAAACAUAUAGAAUAUGGCUUGCAUUAAAAGACUUAGUAGAUCACCAUCCUUUGCAACAUGCAAGAUUCUGGGGGAAAAUAUAUGGAACAGAACAAAAUUAUAUUGUCGCUGAAGUUGAAUACAGAGAAGGUGGAGAGGAAGAGGAGGAAGAGCAGGAGGAAGAAGAAGCACAAGAAGAAGAUGCAAAUGAGAAGGAAGAAGGCGAAGGAGAGGAAGAAGGUGAAGGAGCAGAAGAUGAUAUUCCAAAGCCAGAUUGGAAACCACCCCCAGUUGUCCCAAAGGAAGCCAAUAGAUCUGGAACAAACAAGAAGACAUACUUUGUUUGCAAUGAACCUGGGAAGUCAUGGAGCAAACUUCCACCAAUUACACCAGCACAGGUUUCAUGUGCCAGAAAAAUAAAGAAAUUCCUCACUGGACGCCUGGAUGCACCUGUGGUGAGCUAUCCUCCAUUCCCAGGAAAUGAAGCUAAUUACUUGAGAGCCCAGAUUUCUCGCAUCAGUGCUGGCACACACAUUUCACCCCUUGGAUUUUAUCAGUUUGAUGAGGAAGAAGAGGAGGAAGAGGAAGAAGGAGCAG